UACCUAGCGCCGUUCCUUUUUGGACAGCCAGAGUUGAAAUCCGAUUUCUUCAAAUCCGUUUCAUGAGAAACGUGUCACGGGUAUCAAGCGGCACGUCGGUGGAGGCUUCUCACAGACCCAGUGGCUCAAGCAAGAAGACCAGAUGGGCGAAACGAUCAGUGCACUCCUGACCCAGCUUCGCAAAAAGCCCGCAAACAUCGUCAUCCCGUUGCGCGAUUGGCUGAGCUUCUGGUCGUUCGAUACCUUGACCUCUCUAGCCUUUAGCAAAACCCGAGGCUACUUGCAAGCUGGCGCGGAUAUAGACAGUAUCUUUCCCAGCGCGGCUGGAAGUUUCAGGCAUUGGAGAAUCUGGGCGCUGGCGCCGCAAUUGGAAUCCCUGCUAUUGAAGAAUUGGUUUAUGCAGAGGGCACAAACGACUUCGACUCCCAUCGCACAAUUGGCUAUGGAAAGGAUUCGAGAUCGAAAUGCGGAGGAAAAGAACGCGACAGCGAGAGAUCUUCUGAGAAGAAACUGCCAUAGCUAACCGAAAUUCCAUAUUCCAACUAGAUUAUUCCUCAUCCAGGCAGAUCAGAAUCACAACUUUGGGAGUUUCGACCCAUGCAAUAACCACUUGAUUCCCUCCACUGUAUCAUUUGUUCUCUUUUCAACCUGUUUGUUCAACUGAGGGAAGAAUUCCCAGAAAUGAUGGGGUAGACCAGGAUACAAAUCCAGUCGUGUGGAGAUGCUGUGUUCCUGGAGAAUCCGCUCGUAAAUGAUACUCUCGUCCCUCAGACCAUCAAGCCCGCAGACUUGAAAGUACGUGGGAGGAAUUCCCGAGUGUCCUGAUGGAUGCACAGCAGGCACUGCGAUCGGCGAGCUCGGAUCUGGCUUGUAUGCAGCUGCAAAUAUCUUAAUUUCUCUGUAACACCAUGUCUCGGGUUUCUUACCAACGAAUGCGCGAGCAAGUUCUUCUGGAGGUAUAGUCACGUCUUUGUUCUGCUCGUGACUGACGUAAUCGUCCUUGUACUUCUCAGGAACGCAUGGUGGAGGAAGAAGAGGUCCGACACCGAGAAACUGCCCAGUGACCUUUGCAGGAGAUCCAAGGUCGCGGUUCAGAUACACCACGCCGUUGGCAAUGUUUGCUCCGGCGGAAGUGCCUCCGAUGACAAGGCCUGCUGAAGGGGACGCUGAAGGGUGAAGUUGCGUUGGAUUUUGAGCGAUCUGUCCAAGCAUCCACUCCAUCAUGAAUAGCCUGAGGGAACGGAUGUUCCGGAGCAAGACGGUAGUCGAGGCAGACUAUGAUGAUACCAGCCUUGACCGCCAAGAUUCUGUUGGACUGCAUA